CACAGAGUGCACGACAUAUCAACGCCGGCAUUCAAUUAUGAGCAUUUCUCAGGCUGUUCUGAACGGUGAAAAAUAUCAGCUUCGAAAAAGAACUGUGAUUCUUGGUAUCAGCCCUGGCAAUCCGCAUUAUUACAAGAUAGAAACCCUCGAACGGCUGUUCGAUUUAGCCGGAAGGACCUCGGAAAAGGUCUUUCUUUUUAUUCCGGACAAAAUAUCCGAACACAACUAUCGUGCUGUAGGUUCCAAGAACCCCGAGAAGUCCGCGCGUAUCAAAUGCAAUCGCUUGCGAAACAAAUGCAAUGAAGCCAUCCAAAGUAGCGGUCUUCGCGAUGUGUCCCACAGCUUCAUAAGGUGGACAGAGGAGGUGGAAAGCUGUCAUGAAUACAAAAAAGCGUUAGAGAACAUCAAAAACCUGUACGAAGUGAAUGAUGACUUUCACAACGACGUUAGACAAUCUACCGUGGUGGCAUUAAGAUGUCUCAAAAACGGCCGUGAGAAGGGAGGUUCUGAUGAGGAAAACAAAUCAGCUGAGGCCGACAGUAACGUAGACUUGGACGAAGGGGUGCAGUAUCUUCUGAAAGAGCUGGCUUUCUUUUUAGCAGUACCGAACAUUUAUAAAGAUUGCAAUAAUUUUGUUUUUGUGUAUCAUCGUCCCUGGCCAGUUUUAGAAAGGUUCUUUGGUGGGUUUUAUGAUGGUGUUGAAAAGCCAUCUUUAGGUUUUGUCGUUUUUGAAUGACAUACUUUAGAUAUAAGCCAUCAAGUCGAGGACAGCAUUAAAUAAUGUUUAAGAUAAGAAUAGAGGUAAAGUUUCUGGAAAAAAAAAACGCAAUUGACCCGUAGUCGAUCAGUAAUUACAAUGAAUGUAGAUCUUUCGAAAAUUAUGAUAUCUGGUAUGUCUGCACACAUUAACACAACAUUGUAAAAAGCUGUCACAAGAUUUGUUGCUAACAACCAAUAAAUUAUCUGCACCACAUUCAA